AGCUAAGCUGCUAAUUAGCAUGUGUAGUUUGAACCUCAGCAGAAAGACAGAAACUUUUUCUUGACAUGAACUUCGCUUUUUCUCAUCCUCAUUUUGAGUCCGAGUUUACUGUUACGAUUCGUGCCAUGGAUUCUUCCCAUGUCUUGGUAUGAGACUGGCAGCACUGCAAGUUUGACCCUGAUUAAUUAUCGUUCACGUCCUCGCGUGUCAUCUGGGAGAAGGAUAAAGAGAUUGUCAAUCACGGUGACUGAAAGAAUGUCAAGGAACACGUUGGAUGAGUUGUCAAACUAGGAGUAUGUCGAAUGCUCGGGAUCUCGAGAAGAACUGGUACUCCAUACUCGGUGCGACAUCCACUGAUGAUUUCCAAGAGCUGAAACAGAAGUAUCAGAGACUGGUCCUUAUGUUUCACCCAGAUAAACAGCAGCCUGGCCUAUCAGAAGAGGAGGCAGGGCUGCAGCUGCAGAGGUUCAUAGAUGUGGAUCAGGCCUGGAAGAUCCUGAGCAACGAGGAGAGCAGGAGAGAGUUUGACCUACAGUUGCGUGCACAUGAACUGAAACAAAGGUGGCCGGUGGAUGCCUGCGUUACACUGGAGGACAUGAACUGGGACAGCGAGAAUGAGUGUUAUUCGUACAGCUGCCGCUGUGGUGGCGAGUUUCUCCUGGAGAAGGAGGAUGCAGACGGGGACGAAGACGCUGUCGUGUGCUGCGACACGUGCUCGCUCAGCAUCGAAGUGAAGAGAGCGCCAUGAUGGAAGCAUAAGCGUUCUUUCUCAACGAGGUGAACUCGUCAGUCUGGUGUUUCAGUGUCAUUCUUAAAUUCACAGCUUGUUAUCGGGGACGCUAAAGUGGUAAAGUAGUGCCUAAUAAUUGGCGCUACAGUAUCCAUCGGACAUUAUUUUUUUUGUCAAAAUGGCAGAAUAAUGAUUAAUAUACUAAGUAACUUUAAAAACGCACAAUGGAAUUCAACACGAUAUCACUUUAGAUCCAUGCAUAUAUUUGAAAUUUAUGAUAUUGUAUGUAAUGCACACACAUCUUGAAACAUCGAUAAAGGACAUUUAUUGUCAAACUCAAGAAUUAAUUCACAAUAAAAAAAUUCAAAGUGACCGUUGGUCCAUGUUCGGCCCGUCAUGCUGGAGAUUCUGGGUCUGUGUCGUCCAGGGGUCUCAGCAGCAGUGACUGAGGGUGUCAGGAAUCUGUCACGGAGGUGAGCUAGCCUGAUGUGCUGAUCCUGAACUGGCGUCGUGACUCGAGGCUGACCAGGGCGUGGACGAUCCCUGGUGCUCCCUGUCUGUCUGUAACGCUGACUCAAACGGGAAAUGGUCGAACGAUGAACACCGAAGUGCCGGGCGACCUCUGUCUGUGUACUUCCGGCACGCAACAUCCCGAUGGCCUGUUCACGUUGAUUUUGGCUUAGGCGUGGCAUCUUCAAUAAUGACAAUUUUCCCAUCAUUUCCCCCGGGUAUUUAUAGGCAAGAUUGUGUGUGUACAGUGUAUGCAAAAUUUGUUUGAAAAUUAAAGCCUGUCCAUGUCAUUGACUACCCGAGUCAUAUUGUACGUUAUUGAGUACAACUCCCUUAAAUUCUGAUUUGAGCACAGAUUUGGAACUUAUUCGGGCGGAACGAAGUUAUUUUUCCAUUGUGAUAUAUUUCUUUUCUUCUUGAGAUAAACUCAGCACGAAUUCAGCAAGUUUAAUCAAUGUGCGUUUUUAAAGUUACUUAGUGUAGUUUGCAUAAAAACAUUUAUUGGGUCAUAUUCACACGCUUUUUUGUGUGUGUGUGUGUGUGUGUGUGUGUGUGUGUGUGUGUGUGUGUGUGUUAUGUACAAUGA